UUGAUGGACACCAGUGGGGACGUGGAAAUCUUGCAGACCGACGCCGGGACCCGGUAGCCUCCUCUCCUGGUGUUCUCUCAGCCAUUAAACCCUGAGGUUCAAAAAGAGGAACUGCGUGUGUUUGUCAACGUGUUUUAUGUCUGUUCGUGUGAGACGGAGCACAGAAGUUCAGGAUGAAACUCAAAGAGAUCAACCGCACUGCCAUCCAGAGCUGGAGUCCUGCUCAGCACCAUCCUGUCUACCUGGCUACAGGAACAUCAGCCCAACAGCUGGAUGCCUCCUUCAGCACCAAUGCCUCCUUGGAGUUUUUCGAGCUGGACUUGGCUGAGCGGUCACUGGACAUGAAGUCAUGUGGCAGCUUCUCCUCCACUCACAGGUACCACAAAUUGGUGUGGGGUCCCUAUGGGAUGGACUCCGACGCUCACCCAUCUGGCGUCCUUAUCGCCGGAAGUGAGAAUGGCAACGUCAUCCUCUAUGACCCUGCAAAGAUUAUGGCUGGAGAGAGUGACGUGAUCAUUGCUGAGAGUGACAGACACACGGGGCCAGUGAGAGCUCUCGACGUCAACCCGUUCCAAACAAACCUGUUUGCAUCAGGUGGGAAUGAGUCUGAGAUCUACAUCUGGGACAUGAAUACCUUUGGUUCUCCAAUGACUCCAGGACCUAAAACACAGCCUUUGGAGGACAUCAGCUGCGUGUCGUGGAACCAACAGGUCCAACACAUCCUGGCCUCUGCCAGCCCGAGUGGCCGAGCCUCAGUGUGGGACCUCCGCAAAAACGACCUCAUUAUUAAAGUUAGCGACCACAGCAACAGAAUGCACUGCUCCGGACUGGCCUGGAACCCAGAAGUGGCCACUCAGCUGGUCUUGGCCUCGGAAGACGAUCGGAUGCCAGUCAUCCAGAUGUGGGACUUACGUUUUGCUACCUCUCCUCUCAAGAUUUUAGAGAAUCACACACGGGGUGUCCUUUCCAUCGCCUGGAGCUUGGCUGAUCCGGAGCUGCUCCUGAGCUGUGGGAAGGACAACAGGAUCCUGUGCUGGAAUCCAAACACAGCCGAGGUGCUGUACGAGUUGCCCACAAGCAGCCAGUGGUGCUUUGACAUCCAGUGGUGCCCCAGGAAUCCUGCGGUGCUGUCGGCUGCCAGCUUCAGCGGACACAUCGACAUCUACUCCAUCAUGGGAGGCAGCAACCAGGCGCAGAGCACGAGAGACACUGACCAGAUAAGCACCUCAUUUGGGAACAUGGAUCCCUUUGGGACCGGACAAACGUUGCCUCCGCUUCAGCUGCCCCAAACCACUGCCCCUCCUGCUGUAGUAAACCCCCUGAAGAAACCACCCAAAUGGAUCCGCAGACCUGUUGGGGCCUCGUUCGCUUUCGGUGGAAAGCUGGUAUCUUUGGAGAACCCAAAGCCGAACCCUCAGCAGCUGCAGCAGCCCGCUUCCCACGUUGUACACGUCAGUCAAGUUGUUACAGAAACAGCCUUUUUGAAGCGCUCAGAUCAGCUGCAGGCCACUCUGAGCUCCGGCAGCUUCGUGGACUUCUGCCAGGAAAAGAUCGAUGCAGCUGCAAAUGAGUUUGAAAAGACAAUUUGGUCUUUCCUCAAGGCUAAUUUUGAAAAUGAUAUCCGCAGCAAGUUCCUGGAACUUCUGGGUUACAACAAAGAGGAGUUAGCCCUAAAGAUUUCAGCAGCACUAGAGGUGAAACCUGCUGAUCCUCCCAAGCCACCAGCUCCUGUUCAGGUGGAGGUGCCUGCUCCAAUCAGCCUGCAGCCUUUACCAGACCUCAGCCUCAUGCAGCCUGCAGACACUCCAGAGUCAGUGUUCGACAUGAUCGCUGCAGCAAACCUUCAGCCGGCUGCCACACUUGAACUGGACUCCACUCUUGAAGCAGAGGGUGAAAAUCCAGAAGCAGUAGAAGAUUUAGAGGAAGAUCUUCUCACUGAUGAACCAGAAAAAAUUGUUGAACAUGUUCUCCCACUGGGAGACGCUGAGAACGGGAAGGAGGUGAUGGGGCAGGAGAUGAAAAUGGAGGUGGAGGAGGAGGAGAUCCCCUUAGAUGAGGAGACAACAGCAUCAGUUGAAGAGGUGGAAGCGGAGGAGGACAUUCCAGUUGAGACCCCAGUUCUAGUUCAGGAGGCGUUUGAGGUCCCCGCUCCAGUUCAGGAGGCGGCUGAGGUCCCAGCUCCAGUUCAGGAGGCGGCUGAGGUCCCCGCUCCAGUUCAGGAGGCGGCUGAGGUCCCAGCUCCAGUUCAUGAGGCGGCUGUGGUCCCAGCUCCAGUUCAUGAGGCGGCUGUGGUCCCAGCUCCAGUUCAGGAGGCGGUUGAGUUCCUAGCUCCAGUUCAGGCACCAGUUCAGGAGGCCACUGAGGUCCCAGCUCCAGUUCAGGCUCUGGUUCAGGAGGCCACUGAGGUCCCAGCUGCAGUUCAGGCACCAGUUCAGACUCUGGUUCAGGAGGCCGUUGAGGUCCCAGCUCCAGUUCAGGCUCCGGUUCAGACUCUGGUUCAGGAGGCCAUGGAGGUCCCAACUCCAGCUCUUGCAGGAGGAGUGAGUCUCAGCAUCAGUCAAGACGUAGACGGGCUGAUCACGCAGGCUCUGCUGACCGGAGACUUCGAGGGAGCUGUGGACCUCUGUCUCCAUGACAACCGGAUGGCGGACAGCAUCAUUCUCGCCAUCGCAGGAGGGGCCGACCUCUUGGAGAAAACCCAGAAGAAAUAUUUUACAAAAGCACACAGCAAGAUAACCAAGCUGAUCAGUGCAGUGGUGAUGAAAGACUGGCAUGACAUCCUGAAGACGUGCGACCUGCAGAACUGGAAAGAAGCUCUAGCUGCCGUCAUGACCUACGCUCAGCCUGAGGAGUUCUCUUCCCUCUGUGACAUUCUUGGGAACAGACUGGAUGCAGCAGAAGUCGCUCAGCUCCGAGUCCAGGCCUGCCUGUGCUACAUCUGUGCCGGCAACGUGGAGAAACUUGUGUCUUGUUGGACCAAAGCUCAGGAUGGACACUGUCCCCUCUCUCUCCAGGACCUGGUGGAGAAAGUGGUGGUGCUGCGUCGUGCAGUCGAACAGACCCAGCGCUCUGAUCCCGCUGCUGUUGGCAUCCUAUUGGCCGAGAAGAUGUGCCAGUACGCCAACCUGCUGGCCUCGCAGGGCAGUCUGACCACCGCCAUCUCCUACCUGCCCGACAACACCAACCAGGUUGCCAUACAGCAGCUCCGUGACCGCCUCAGUCGGGCUCUGGGGCAGCAGGCGGUGGCUCCUGCAGCUCCUGUCCAAACCCAGAGAGCUCAGUCUCAGCAACCUGCCCCUCAGGCUCAACACAACUCAGCCCUGCCCCCCCAGCCCUUUACCCCGGUCCAGCCCACCAUGGUGCCUCAGCCCACUCAGCCCAGUGCAGCUCCAGUCCCGAUGCACACACCAGCCUCUGCGCCUGCACCUGCCCAUCCACAGUAUUUCCAGCCAAUGAGGGCUGCCUCCACUGUCACCUCCUGGAGUAACCAAAGUCCCACAUCCCUCCCCAAUGUCCCUCCUCCUCCUCAAGUAGGCAGCGCCUCAGAGCCACAGGCGGAGCCUCCAAACUCCAUGUACGGGAUGCCAGCCUCCUCCACAGCUUUUGCUGCACCUCCGGCCUCCGCCUUCAUGUACUCCCAACAGUACCAGCCUUACCCUCAGGUCAGCCAGUAUCCACCUGGAGCUGGGGGGGUGCCUGUCUAUCAGCCUCUUCAAUACUCCUCUUCUCAAGGUCCUCUUCCACCUGCCCCUACAGAGCCCUACUCCCCUCCGCCUCAUCCCCCUGGCUUUCUCUCUCAGUACACUCAGCCUGUCCCCUCUCAGCAAGCACAACACUUCUAUCCCGGACAACCUCCCAUCAGCCACUGUCUGUCCUCCUCUCCACCCUCACAUCCUCCUUUAUUUUCCCCUGCCACCUCCUCCUCCUCCUCCUCUUUCUCUUUCUCUGCUCCUCCGUCCUCCGGAGCGUCUUUCCAGCAUGGCGGACCAGGAUCUCCUGUGUCGUACAUGCCUCCUCCUCCAACAAGCGGAUUCUCAGGGCCUCAGAACGGCUGGAAUGACCCCCCUGCUCUGAGCAGAGCAACAAAGAAGAAGAAGCAGGUUCCAGAGAACUACACUCCUCCUGCACCCAUCACUGCUCCCAUCCUGUCUCCACUGGGUGCUGAUCCUAAGGCCCAGAUGGGGUCCUCUGGGGGUCCUCAGGCCAUGCUCCAGGGCCCACAGGGUGCCCAGAUCCCUUACGCAGGAAUGAGCCAGCAGCAGCAGCAGCACCACCACCACCACCAGCAGCAGCAGCAGCAGCAGCAACAGCAGCAGCAGCAGUUCUCCCCGACAACCAUGAACCCUGCAAUGCCCAAGACAAGUAUGGAAGGGGCCCCGGGAGCACCUAUUGGAGAUGUCAUUCAGCCUAUGCGGUCCAUUCCUGCUGAAAAGAUCAUGAAGAAGCCGAUCCCCGAUGAGCACGUGGUACUGAAGACCACCUUCGAGGGGCUCAUCCAGAAGUGCUUGGCUGUAGCCACCGACCCUCAAACCAAGAGGAAGCUCGAUGAUGCCAACAAACGUUUGGAAGCACUUUAUGACAAACUCAGAGAGCAGACGCUCUCUCCAGCCAUCGUAGGAGGACUACACAACAUAGCCAGGACUAUUGAGUCCCGAGCCUACAUGGAGGGCCUCAACAUCCACACCCACAUCGUCAGUAACAGCAACUUCAGCGAGACGUCAGCAUUCAUGCCUGUACUAAAGGUGGUGCUGACACAGGCCAACAAACUCGGGGUCUGACCGGGCCAGGAUAUAAAAGCCCACCGCCUCCUCGCCCCUCCGAGACGCUGACUGGCAGACAGUGGAGAGUGAGCGGUCAGGGGUAGAGCUGAGGAUGGGCGUUAUACAUUGUUGGCCGUUGUUUAACAGGGAGCUCCAUUUGACUCAAAUGCGAAUGAUGAAGAAUUGUGAGAUGUAUGAAAAAUACCGUUAAAUUCUUCUAAGUGCCAUUCACCUUUUCUGACACAACUCAAAAACAAGCCAUAGUAUCAGUCGCACUCGCCUGACAGAGUCUGAUUAAAGUUCCGCCUCAAUCUGCCAGAAAGUUCAGAAUGUUACUCAUAUAGAUUAAUACGUAAUCUUAGAAUAAAAUGGCAACACUGCCACUGAAGCAUUAUUUAAUCUCCAAACUGACAAGCUAAAUAUGAAGAAUACAGUUUCAACAUAUCGGUUAUGGAAAUGAAAGUAGAUAGAAGUGGAAACAAAUUUGUUGACUAUGUUGAAUGCAAAGGAAUGAAAGCAAAUAGGAAAACAGAUUCAGGAAUUUAAGGGCAUUUCUCUCUAUUUGUGUUGAUCAGUACAAAUAAAUGUGGUAAACCCAAAAAACAACAACCCCUCUUUAGUAGUUGUGCAUUAAUAGAAAACAAGAAUCAUGUAAGAAAUAUUAGCUUGUUUCAUCUAUAAAGUCUUUCAAUAUUUGUGCAAUACAACAAUAUUAAGAUCACACUUAAUAUAAUUUUCUCUUAAAAGUAACAAUCAUGUUUCACUUAUGAACACAUCAAGACCUGCAUGCAUUUCACAGUAGAGCUGCAACAGAGGGAUGUGAGCAGAGGAGAAGCUUUUAUUCCUUUAACAGCAGGAGACAGGAAAUGAAUUCAUUUGAUAUCAGGACAUCUGAUUGGCUGUCAUGCUUUGAACCAGUAGUCCCUCCCACAGCAUUUAAAUCAACAUUAAUGCCUGUUUAUGUUCUUAAUGUGCUUAAUAUGACAUGUGCUAAUACUCUAAACAUGCUUCUAAUGUCUUUCUUUCACCGCUGAUGUCACUACAUGCAACACUUUGGACCAAGACGUUGACAGUGUGUGAGAUAUGUCAAUGCAGAGCAAUGCAAGUCGUGUUGAAGGACAUUUUAAUGAUGUUUUAUUUUUGUCGUCUUCUUUUGUUCUCCACUCUAUGUAAUCACGAGGCUCCGCUGAGUGCAAUGGACUUUUUUUUUUUUUUUUUAAACGAGACCGUGCUUUUAUGGAAUUUGAAAAUAUGCAUGCUUUAACACAAUGCUAGAAGUCGUCUUUAAUGGCAUUCUAGGUGAUUACCUGCUAAUUAACCAGACCUCAGAUGGAAACUGGAAACAGACCUGAUUUUCAUUCCAGUGAUGAUGAGGGCUGCAGUCUGAGUGGUCAACUUCGGUUGGUCUUUGUUUUAGAUGGACUACAUGCAAUAUUUUCAAUAAAUUGUAUUUAUUUACCUGUGA